UUUUUUUUUUUUUUGGGUACCCCUUCUUCUUCAGGAGAAGAAUCCCUCGUUUUCUUUUCUUCCUUGCAUCAACCAGAACCGGAACCAGGGCGGAAUUACGAGAUCACCCCUUAUUUUCUCUCCUCUUUACGGUUUCGGUUGUGCCGGUUUGGGAGCCCGCAAGAGAAUUCGGAUGGAUUCGGAGGACGAAUUCGACAUGCACGAUGCUAACGACGACGAGGACGACAAUGAUGACCACUUCUACAGCGGCGGUGACGAUGACGCCGCCGCCGCCGGAUUGGACAGCGACGACGCCGACAUCGCCGAUUACGAGUUCAUCGACAACGACUCCGAUGAUUCCGAUGAUGUCGUUUCCCAUCGCCACCAGCAAAACUAUACCAUCUUGACCGAAGCGGAUAUUUGUCAGCGUCAAGAGGAUGAUAUUAUGAGGAUUUCUACUGUGCUUUCUAUUUCAAAGGUUGCGGCUAGCAUAUUGCUCCGCUACUAUAACUGGAGUGUCAGUAAAGUGCAUGAUGAGUGGUUUGCCGAUGAGGAAAAGGUUUGCAAGGCUGUUGGCUUUCUGGAAAAACCAGUUGUUGAAUAUCCAAAUGCCACUGAAUUGACUUGUGGGAUUUGUUUUGAAGCCUAUCCUCGUGAUAAGAUUCAUACUGCUGUUUGUGGUCAUCCUUUCUGUGAUACAUGUUGGGGAGGAUAUAUAAGUACGGCCAUUAAUGAUGGUCCUGGCUGUUUGAUGUUGCGAUGCCCUGAUCCAUCUUGUUCUGCUGCUAUCGGUCAAGAUAUGAUUUAUAAACUGGCAUCUGGUGAAGAGAGGGGGAAAUAUUCUCGUUACUUCAUUAGAUCUUAUGUUGAAGACAACAGAAAGACAAAAUGGUGUCCGGCGCCAGGCUGUGAUUAUGCUGUAGACUUUGUUGUUGGCAGUGGAAGUUUUGAUGUUACUUGUCGGUGCUCAUAUAGCUUUUGCUGGAACUGUACUGAGGAAGCGCACCGUCCAGUUGAUUGUGGCACUGUUGCCAAAUGGAUUUUGAAGAAUAGUGCUGAAUCUGAAAACAUGAAUUGGAUAUUGGCCAACUCAAAACCCUGUCCGAAAUGCAAACGGCCUAUUGAGAAAAACCAAGGGUGUAUGCAUAUUACGUGCACUCCACCUUGUAAAUUUGAAUUUUGUUGGCUUUGCCUUGGUGCUUGGUCGGACCAUGGUGAAAGGACUGGUGGUUUUUAUGCAUGCAAUCGUUAUGAAACAGCAAAGCAAGAGGGAGUGUAUGAUGAGGCGGAGAAAAGAAGAGAGAUGGCCAAGAAUUCUCUUGAGAGGUAUACUCAUUAUUAUGAAAGAUGGGCGACCAACCAGUCGUCUAGACAGAAAGCGCUUGCAGAUUUACAGCAAAUGCAAAACGUGCAUCUUGAGAAGCUGAGUGACAUACAAUGCCAACCCGAAUCACAGCUGAAGUUCAUAACGGAGGCCUGGCUUCAGAUAGUUGAAUGCAGGCGAGUUCUGAAAUGGACGUAUGCAUAUGGAUACUACUUACCAGAGCAUGAACAUGCCAAGAGACAGUUCUUUGAGUACUUGCAAGGUGAAGCUGAGUCUGGUUUGGAAAGACUUCAUCAAUGUGCAGAAAAGGAGCUACAAGUUUAUCUCAAUGCAGACGGCCAAUCCAAAGAUUUCAAUGAGUUCCGCACAAAACUUGCUGGACUCACCAGUGUGACCCGCAACUAUUUUGAAAAUUUAGUACGAGCUCUUGAGAAUGGCCUCUCUGAUGUGGACUCCCAUGGUGCCUGUAGCAGGAUGGCAAGCUCAAAGAGCUUGGGAGGUACAAGCAGUAAAGGGAGAAGUGGGAGAGGCAAGGCUUCAGCUUCCAGAUCAAGCAGUUCCAGUAGAACUAUUGACGACUCUGACCACUGGUCUUGCGAACAUUGCACCUUUGCUAAUUUCAAGUCGUCCACUGUCUGCCAGGCUUGUAAUCAUCGCCGAUAAGUCUGUUUUCCUGCACACAUUGACCACAUUGGUUGGCCUUGCUUUUCGUCUUUGCUGGUUAAUUGUGGUGGAGAACUACUCCUAGAGGGUUGUUGGAGGAGGAAAGUGGUUCGCAUUCUUGCCCGUCUCCAAAGUUGUGCAGACAAAAAGAGAGCAUUGUGGAGAUAUGCAGGUGAAAGGAAAGGAGAACCAGAUUUUAGUCUGUAGUUCUUGUUAUUAUUGGAAUAUGAGCUUCUGUAUAUAGUUGGCGCUGUUUGUCCAACGCAUUUGUGGCUGUCUAGAUCCAUGCAAAGGCAGUCGCCUUUAUUUUAAUUUGUCAAUUGUUUAGCAACUGUUAAACUAUAGCAAGCUUGGAGCAUAUUCAGGCGGAUAUAACUAUAUAAGAAAUACAAACUAUUUUGGGGGCAAUAAGCUGAAUCGGCCUCUGUAUUAAUACAAUAAAUUAUGUACUAAUAUUUCUUUAUUGCUCUGUGGUACUGGUAUGCAAGAGGGUUUUUAGG